AUAUCUUUUCGUGGAUCAGAUAUUUUUUGUUUUCUUUUUGAAAAAUUUUCUCGUAGUAACUUUUUUAUUAAAUUGUCACAAUUAACAAUUAAAUUCUACAUUGAUUUCUAUUUUCAAGUGUUUUAAUAGUUAAGAUGGAAGGGGAAUCUUCUAGUAAACCUCCUUGUCUCUUGUUGAAAGAUAUUGAGCGUGAAUUAAUUAUCAUGGAAGAAGAAGCAAACAAAAUGGAUUCCGUCAAUUCUAAAGUGUCAAGUUUCAAAAUCGAUAAAGACAAUUUAAUUAUGAGACUUUUGUUACUUCUAUUUAGAGGGGAAGAUAUGGUCAAAUAUCGUCCAAAAAUUGGUCAUCUAUUGUCCACCAUUUUGAUGGGUAAAGAUGGUUUACUUAGCUUUAUUCAUGGAACCUGUGAUUUGGAUUCUACUUCGGAAUUGAAGACUAACUUUGAUCAACGAUUUAGAGCCCUAAGUACCGUAAUUGUCAAUAUGCCGGGUCUUUGCUGUCCAAUAGAAGAUUUUUAUCACAAUUUGUCCUUACAAUUGUUCAAAAUUCUUAAUUUAUCUCAAAAGAAUUCAGCUAAUGGUCACCUAUGGAGACUCGCCUCAGAAAUUUUCUCGUCUCUCUACAACCAAAGACGUUCAUUGGGUCACGAUCACCUAAUAAAGCCGAUACUAUUUUCCAUCAAUGGUCAAGAAGCUUCAGAACUAACGGCGAUUGAUGGUAUUAUCUGUAUUCAUCGUCUUAUGUUGAGCAAUUUUGAUUCAAACAUUUUCAUUCCUGUUUUUCCCAAUAUCUUUGUAAUCUACAUAAUCUUAAGUGACACUUUAUCUCCUCAUCGAAAUCUAGUCAAGGAAAUUGUCAUUAACAUGUUGAAAUAUGUUGACCAUUCGUUGUAUAUGUUGGACAAUACAAUUAACAAUCAUCUACAGCUUAUCAACCAAUAUAAAACCGGGAUAAUCACCUCUGAUGAUGAGGAAAUGUUGACGAUUCUUAAAGCUGAUGAUGAUGAUGAUGAUUUGAUCACAGAUCCGACGACUGACCUUAAACUAAUCGAUAAAAUUGUUCAAGCUACACUAACGCUUCUAAAUGAUUUAGAAGAUGAAAAGUGUUUAAAAUUUUUCCUUCUUCUAUUGGAAAAAGUUGAACAAUCAACAAAUCAACUGCUUCUUUUCUCACUUGUUGAUUGUUUACAAGAAAAAGUUUCCACCUUAAUUCUUGAUAAUCCAUCACUGGCAAUACAAUUUAUCAUCAAUACUCUAAAAAGAGUAACUUCAAAUGAUACAAAAUCAAUUCAAUCGAUAAUAAAUCAAGAAGAACUCAACAUCGGCGAGGAAAACGAGAUCGAUGAAAGCUCAAAGAUGUUACAUAAUGAUUCUUUAUCAACGAUUAUACAAAUUGUCUCAAUUCUCGUGGAAGCAAGAGAAAAACUUUCGAAUGACGAAAUCUCGAAUAUCAAAGGAUGUAAAGUUCACUUGGAACAAGCUCUCAAAAAAAGUGACCUAACAGAUUCGGAGAAAGAGAAAAUUGUAAAACUAACCAAUCAGAUCAACAAUUUAAGUGAAACCUCAAAACAAUCAGCAACAAAUCCAAUCGAUCAUAAGUACAAAGAAGCGCUAGAAUGUCUGAACAGUCCGUUUAUGCCCCAAAGAGCCCACGGACUGAUUGUACUUCGCAAUUUAAUUGAUUCCCGUUUCCAAAGUACAAUUGAUGAUAGAAAUCAAUUGUUCACUCUAAUCAAAGCCUGUCUAAGUGACCCCGACUCUUAUGUUUACCUGGCCGCUGUCAACGCCUUAGCGUCUUUGUCACUAGCAAAUACCGAUGAAUGUUUACCAGCGCUAAUCGAGGCCUAUCAGGACAAACUGCGAUCAGUUCGUGAACGGGUUUCAGUUGGUGAAUCUCUAGUCUGGAUUUGUAAAUAUUUAGGUCAAAUGUCUCAUUCUUAUUACCGUUCAGUCGUUGAUUGUUUUCUUAAUGGUUUAAAAGAUGAACAUGAAUCAAUUAGAGUCUCAAGUUUAUCCAAUUUGGGUCAAUUUUGUUCAUCUCUUCAAAACUCACUCACUUAUUGUCUAAGCGAAAUUAUCUUCGCAAUUGAAUCUCUACUGAAAAGUGAUUCCUGUUAUGAUGUUAAACGAGCUUGUCUAAUGUUCCUGCACAUCAUGUUAAAUGGUCUUGAUAGUGAUUCGAUUGGAGUUAUUCUUGAACAUCUAAAGACAAUUUAUCAUCUGAUUAAAUCAAUUGAUUCCAAAAGUCUUGGUGAUGAUUUAAUUCGGGUCCAUGCUCAUCUAACAUUGGAAGCAAUUGAUUACCAUAUGAAGAUUUUACUCAAACCCGCAGACGAUUUGAUUAGACCAAUUAAGCUCUGAUAAUCAAUUUAAGGUUUAACCUUUUUGCUCAACAUUAUCAUCAUCACCAUUUAAUCAGACAAUUACCUUAAGGAUUAAUUAAUCUCUAUAACAAUUAGAUAUUAAUUUCUGAUUUUCGAUGGAUUUUCAAUUAGCUUCAAUUGCUUAUCCAUCACUAUUUAUUUAAUCAAUUAAUUUUCUUAUUUCCUUGUGAUGAUUAUUGUUCAACAUUGUUCAACAUUGAUUGUAAUUGAUUGUUGAAAAUUCAGUCAAAUCUCAAUUCCCAAUUGAUAUGAAAUUUGAUCAAGACAAGAAAAUUAUUUGAAAACAAAUUAGACUUUAAUAUAAACCAAUUAACGUUUGACCUAAUCAAAUCAUACAAAUAUCGUAUGAUCAUUGAUUAGUAAUCUAUGAGGAUUUAAUUAAGCAAUUAAUCAUCUAGACCUAAUCAAUUUCUCAAUUGAAAUCUAUUCUUUCAUAACUUAUCGAUCUAUUUUCCCUUUUUUGACCUACCUUCGUAAUCGUGUUAAACAAUUUAGGGACAUUUCUUUUAAUUGUUAUUGGGACUUUUGGGACUAAAUUACUCAUUCGGCUCACGAGACAGGGACAUUUAAAUUGUUAGUAAUUUGUUUAUGUCCCAACAAUUAACUAAAAUCAAAAAAUCACUUGAUUCAAGUCCUCAGUUUCCUUUAGUUUCUUGUUGAGUGUAGUUCAAAUUAGUAAAAAAAAAUUUGUUUUCUGAUUUCGUUCAUUUUUUCCCCUGCUAAUUGUAUUUUGAUCUUACUAAUCAAGAGAUUGUUUAAUUUGUUUAAUCUCCUUUUCUUUUCAUUUUAAUUGUUCGAUAAAUUCUAAUAGAU